GCCCGAGGAGCCAUGGGCUCGGCGGCCGAGCUGCCGCCGCCGCCCGGGGACCGCGAGCGGGAGGCGGGGGCGGCGCCCGUCCGGUACCGGCGGAGCCCGGAGGAGCAGGUCCAGCAAGAACAAAGAAACCACGCCACAGAACCUGUAAUAGACGAUUAUAAAAAGAUGGGGACACUCUUCGGUGGACUGAACAAAAGUCUUAUCAGAAUAGGCUUCACAAGGAUGUACUUUGGAGAACGGAUAGUAGAACCUGUAAUCGUUAUAUUCUUCUGGGUUAUGCUCUGGUUUGUCGGCUUACAAGCUCUUGGACUGGUUGCUAUUCUGUGCCUUGUCAUUAUUUAUGUACAGCAGUAAGAUUUUAUAGAUGCCCAUUGUUGGAUUCUGUAUUUUAACACUGUCAAUCCACUGUCCCUGUGGGCAUGGAUGUUUAAGUAAAUGGGUGGCAUAUCAAAAGUUGCAAUGCUUCAAAUUGUUUUUUGCUGAACUUUGAAGAUUCGGUGUGAGAGGGACUAAAAUUAUGAAUAACUGUGUCCAAAGUAAUAUACCCUUUUCUACACUCCUGGGGCCUUAGUCCCCCUAUUGGCAUUUUGUUUCUCCUACCCUCCCGAUUCCUGCAAUGUUCUUGUUUUUCAUAAUGAAAAUUUCUUGUCUGGUUUGAAAAGGACACUUGAUGUGAGUAUCCUGUUUCAUUGUUGGGGGACUGUGUGCUGUUUGUUCUCUGAAUCUGCAUAAUUUGCUAGUUUAUUGCCAAAAAGCUAGGUUUACAUGAGAGAGGUUUGCUAAGAAACCUUCAGUGUUGAGUGCUCUGACGUGGAGAGAGCUUUGUCAUGUAAAAGCAUCUUUGCUUAGUACAGUUUAUAGCAGGCUUUCCUCCAGGAAGUCAGGAAUCCAGAAAACUGCUUGUAUACUAGUGCUGGUGACUUCACACAAGACUUCAGCUGUUGUUUAGGGCUAGGGAGGAAUCACAGUCCCGAAUGGACGAAUGUAACUCUGCCUUGGUUUUGGAAAUGCACUUAGCUGCUGCUGCUCUAUUUUUUUCCUUGUUCUUCCCCACAUCCCUCCUCCUGAAGAUAAAUAUUUGGCUAACUCAUGGACUUUGUAAGUAGUUAUAACUGCAGUCUUGGGAAUUUGCUGUUCCAGACAGUGCUGCUAGAAUACUGUCUGCUUCCUCUGGGGUCAUGCGUGAACAACCAGAGAGAUAAUAGACAGGAGCUGUUAACGCCUUCCUCAUCAACUGCACUGUAGGCCAAAUGCAAACUAAGAACUUGCAUACAUAAGCAAAUCAGUCUUGUUUCCUCCUGCAAGACAAGAAUGUAGUGAAAUCAAGUGGCCAUUUUAUUUAGUAGCUUUAAUUGACUAAUUUCCAAAAUAGGCAGUAAAAUGCCUACCUAUAAUUGGAUGGCAUGGGCAAUGCAAACUUGAGAACAGAACAGGAUUGAAGAAUAGGUGCAAGAUUCUCUCUAGCUCCUUAGGAGCCACACCAAGGAUGUACUGAAUAUUUCAGAGUUGGAUGUGCACAUUUAAAGGAAAGUAGUAAAAUGAGACAGAAUCUUUACUAAAUAGGCUACUAAUCUAUUAUUUGCUGUAUAUUACUUUUAGUAAUAAAUUUGACUGCAAAUUUGACCUCAUCUCUGUCAGAAUGAAAUUAUACAUUUACUUACAGAUGUAAUAUAAAUUGUAAAAUUUACAAAAUAACUACUUAAGCUUUUGCAAUGAUUUUUUUUCUAAAUAUUUUUAUAUUAGCAGCCAUCAACAACAGAUUGCUUGUAGUUGAAAAUGCUGAGUCUUAUCCAAAGACCUCUGAAGUUAAGUGUAGUCCUUCUGUAGUUCCUUUGUCACAACUGGAUUUGCAGAACAGAUUUUAUGCCAACGCAAUGGAUCACGUUGCUUGCUGGGCUGUAUUUCCACAGCCCUUGAUCCCAGUCCUUACAGACUUUUCUAUUAGAGAACUGAUGGCUCUUUAGUGAAGCGAACAGCUCAGGCACCUCUAACCUGUGGGCCACAUGCAUACUGUGGCCCACCCCCUGCCACUAUGCCAGAAAAGUCUCAACUUUUCUAACGAGUAGUUCUGUUGUGAGGAGCCCCUGUCCAAAUGUUCAGAUGGCUGUGGCUGUGAGUGGAUCUGGGAGGCUCUGGUGAGCCAGUAGGACAGCAUGCGUGUGAGACAGGGUGUAUCUGAAUGGCAACCUGUGUUGACUGGCAGCUGGUUAAAUAAUCACACUGGUGGCAGGGAAGUGUUUGGCAACAGGAGGUGUUCCUACAUACAGGGCUUUGUUGCUCACAGCUGGAACUCCAAAAGCAAAUAGCAAGCACAUGCUGGUGGCAGGAAGCUCUUUACUCAAGUGCCUAUGGUAAACUUUGUCUUUUGUUUCGAUCCCUUGGAAAGCAGAACACCUGUUUAUACUGUUACGUAUUUACAUAGCUAUACUGGUAGGUUUGAGUGUAUUCUUUUCUUCUAUAAGGGCUGUAUUACAGAAGCAUCUUGUCAUUUAAAAAAAAGAUCCUUCCUUUCUUCCCGCAAUCAAAUUAUUGUUCAGAGAAACUCAUCCAGUUCCUUUUGUCUUGUGAAGAAAGGUGUCAGUGUGAUAGCCUCAUUGCAGUACUACUUGUGUGAAGACUGUAUUGUGACACAGCAUGCAGUGUUUUCUUGACAUGGUGAUUUUGGUCUACGUGUAGGUAACUGGGAACAAUGAAUUGAGGGUGUGACUGACAAGCUAAGGAAGCUGUUUAUAUGCAUGUAACCUUUUAUUAUGUGUAUAACUAUGACUAUUUCAUUCAUGAAGCCAUUUAAGUUUUUCUUUUGAAGUUCAUGCCUCUGUACUUGUGAUGUAUGGAUAACUGGGUUCUGGACUUCUGGACUAAGGUUGUGUAUGGUGAAUGUUUGAUAUUGUUUCUCUUAAGGAUGACUAUUUACAUCUUGUCCUUCACAGAAGAUUUAAAAUAUUUUAAAACCCAAAAGAAUAUUUCUCUUAAUGGCGUUGACUGAAAGCAAAGAGGGGAAAAACAGUCCUGUCUGGAAAAUACCCCCUCACUUUCACUCUUGUGGUUGAAUACAUUCCAUUGUAUAUAAGAAUUUGCAUAGUUGUUCAUUUGAUUUUGGGUUUGGUGUUUUUUGUUUGUUUUUUGUUUUUUAUGAUUGCUGUUUGCAGGAAAGGAAAGAGGACAUAAGGAAUAAAGGACUGAGAUAUAAUCAGAUCCAGAGAAUGGAAAAUGGAACACAGUGAGGCAGUGCCUAAAUGCAGGCAUGUCAAACCCAUGGCCAGCAUAUGGCCGAGCCCAGCCCAUUCUGUGGCUGCCUCUGCCCCACCAUCGUGGCAGUGGCUCUGCCCUGCUGAGCAGCCUGGGCACACACCCAUCGCCCAGCAACAGCCAACAUUGCUGUGUGAUUGGCACUGUCUGGGCUGAAACCAGGCAGGCGGAGGGCACAGAGAUGUGCCACUCAAGUGAUGGCAAAUAGGUUUAUGCAUUGCAGUACACUGGCUAAACACAGUCCUGUGAACAGUGAAAAAUAUGUGGCUGCGCUUUCCGUUGUGAUAAAGGAAUCUGAGGUAUAGCGUUGCAAUCAGAGACUCAACUCAAAAAUCUGAUUGUGUCUCUUUACCAGACUUACGUAAGUCUGGUAAGAAAAAUACCCCUCACUUCACAAUCAUACUUUGUGUCAUCACGUUUGGCAGUUCGUACAUUUGUGAAUAACUUUUCAAGAAUGAAGCACAAGAAGAAUAAAAUUUCAUCAAAAAUCCAUGACAGAUGCCCUGAGAGCUCACCAAGAAUUGCAGCCACUGCCAUCAAGCCAGCCUGAUGCAUUAGUUUCACAAAAACAGGGUCAAAUAUCCCCCUCACUUUAUGAUUUUGUUGCCCUCUUUUUUAUGUUUUCAUAAAAAAAUAUUUUUAAGUUUAGUUACAAAUAUUAACUAUGGUAUGUAUUUUAUAUGUGACCCAAGAUAACUCUUCUUCACUCAGUGCGGUCCAGGCAAGCCAAAAGGUUGCAUGUAUGUAUUUAAAGAGUUAAAAUAAAUCUAACCGUGAAUUUGUGCCAAGAAGAGGGGGAAAUAGGUAAACAGUCCUUGCAUUGUGUUCUUCUUUCCAUCUAAAUUUAGUUCCACAGCAUCAGGAACACCAGACAUUCCCAGUGUAUCUCUAGUUAAAAAGGAAAAGGUUAAUUUAAUUCAAGAAAAGGAAAAAAAAAAAAAAAAAAAAAGAAGAAGAAGAAGAGAAAAGACAAUUUUGCUUUUGUCUAUAUAGUUAAGAUGGAUAGUGUUGUUUAUAUUGGUAUAUAUGAUUAUUAGAACUGAAAGCACCUUGAUGUGUAGGACUGUAUGAAGGAAAGAUGUCCCCUCAGACUGCAAUAAACAAACUGAUGUAAUUCCUGUUGGUCAUUGUGACAUCUCAAAAGUUUUUACAUAACCUCUGUUUUUUAAAAGAUGGACUCAUUGGUACUGUUUCACACUUGAUGCCUGAAUGUCUGAACUACUGUGUACAGAGAAGAAGUGCUACACAAUGGAGAGCGUUGGAGAACCUUGUUUGCACUGAAAAAUCAUUGCAUUGAAACUGUCUGUUUUAAAAAGCAAAAAUUGCGUUUCUUAACAACUCUGUAUUAAAGUGAAUCCUGUGGAAAGCACUUUGUUAUCCUUUGUAAUAAAAAGUAUUGUCAUCAGUGAGAACUGAA